CCAUCCCUGCACUGCCCCAUCCCUCUUCUCUCUCCUUUACCUCUAUUACUUAGCCUCGGUAGCUCUCAGAGCUAACAACCUCCGCACCUCUAGACACCCAGACCCCGGCCCUGCCCUGCCCUAACCCAGCCACGCUGCACUAUGACCAGCCUCAGAGCCGGACGGAGGGCCCUGGCCCUGGUUCUCCUGGUUGUCCUCCAGCUUCAGGCCUGUAGGGGUCAGGGUGCUGCUGAGCUCAGGAAGCCCAUCUACCAGAGACUCAGACGACUAGACGAUCAGUUCCAUCGAUUCCAGGAACAGACCCUGAGCCGGUUAGAGCUUCUGUCCCAUAUGUCUAAUGUGUCGACCUCCCUAGAGGUCAGAGUUCAGACCCUGUCUGACCAACACAGAAACCUCACCCAGGAACUAACACAACUCAGAGACACCACCACACAGGAUCUGGACGGCCUGAAAGACUGGAGCAGGAAACUACAGAAGAAGAACAAGAGGAUGGAGGGAAGAUUGGCCUCGCUGGAGAGAGGACUGAGAGAGAGACACAGACAGGGACAGGGCAGCAGGCAGACCCAGAGACCGAGUCAGGAGCAGGGAGAGUCUCUCUCCAGCCUCACCCUGGAGCUCCACAGCCAGGAGAGGCGUCUCGACUCCCUGGAAGCCCAGCGAGAGGAGCUUCUGGUUGGGCUGAGAGGUCUCCAGGAGUCCCUGAGGGAACAGGAUCUCCAGAUGAGCCGGCUCGAAGGGAGGCUGGGGGAGCUUUUACAGGGGAAUGUAGUCUCUUCCAGGGGAUCAGAGAGGACAGGAGACCCCCUCACCUCCAACCUCACCCCCCAGGACACAGCACACCCACGGAGGACCCAGGCCUCCAGAGGACAGAGCCCAAGACAGGACACCCAGACCCAGCCCGGACACACCCAGACAUAUUACCAGCCCCAGCCUCAGGCUAACAUUCAGCCUCAGCCCUACUCUCAGCCCCAUCCCCAACCCCAACCCCAACCCCAUUCCCAUUCCCAGCCCAAACCCCAACCCCAACCCCAUUCCCAACAGGAGGAUGAGGACAAGACUACAGCCUCCACCUCCCCACCCCACACAGCCUCCUUCUCAGUCCCAGGAGGAGAGGAAGAGGCUGGGGGAGAGAGGACAGGAGAGCCCCCGGCCUGGUCGUCCUCAACAGGGGCCAAAACCACAGUCUGUAGAGGAGACGAGAGAGGAGGGAGAGAUGGAGAGGAGGAGGGGGGACGAGGUGUGGAGGAGGAGUGA